GAUCUCGAGGAGCACCGCUCGAGAAGGUGGGAGCCGCGGCGCGAAGCGAAGCCCGAGCGCCUCUCCGUCGCCCAGUCGUGACUUGGCCCGCAGGUCGGACGCAUCCCGGACGACGAUUACGAACAUUUUCUUCUAGUGGACGAGUGAGGAGAAACAGACGCCACCAUGGACGCGAUCAAGAAGAAGAUGCAGGGAAUGAAGCUGGAGAAGGACAACGCGAUGGAUCGCGCGUUGCUCUGCGAACAGCAAGCUCGCGACGCGAACGCGCGAGCUGAAAAGGCUGAGGAGGAGGCUCGCGCUCUCCAAAAGAAGAUCCAGACCAUCGAGAACGAGCUUGACCAGACUCAGGAAGCUCUCAUGCAGGUGAACGCGAAAUUGGAGGAGAAGGACAAGGCUCUGCAGAAUGCUGAGUCCGAGGUCGCCGCCUUGAAUCGCCGCAUCCAGCUGUUGGAGGAGGACCUCGAAAGAUCGGAGGAGCGUCUCGCUACUGCCACUGCCAAAUUGGCGGAGGCGUCGCAGGCUGCCGAUGAGAGCGAACGCGCCCGCAAGAUUCUCGAGAAUCGCAGCUUGGCGGAUGAAGAGCGCAUGGAUGCCCUCGAGAAUCAGCUGAAGGAGGCCAGGUUCCUCGCCGAAGAAGCCGACAAGAAAUACGAUGAGGUCGCCCGUAAAUUGGCCAUGGUUGAGGCCGAUCUCGAACGCGCCGAGGAGCGUGCGGAGGCCGGAGAGUCCAAGAUCGUCGAGCUUGAGGAGGAGUUGCGUGUCGUCGGCAAUAACUUGAAGUCCCUCGAGGUCUCCGAGGAGAAGGCCAACCAACGCGAGGAGGAAUACAAGAAUCAAAUUAAGACCCUUACUACCCGUCUAAAGGAGGCUGAGGCGCGUGCUGAGUUCGCGGAGAGAUCCGUGCAGAAGCUCCAGAAGGAGGUUGACAGGCUCGAAGACGAGCUCGUCCACGAGAAGGAGAAGUACAAAUACAUCUGCGACGACCUGGACCUCACCUUCACCGAAUUGGUUGGUUAAAUCGGCUGUUUAGAUCGGCCAUCGAGGCGCAUCCGUCCGGGUGUCGAGUCACUUGGCCGUACAUCGCAUCAUCAUCGAUUUCGCACGAUUCGAUCGCGGUCGAAGCCACGACAUCGGCCUGCCGGUGCACUGCCGAUGAAACCUUACUUUUGUUAUCGUAACUAAAGUCAGCGUACACAUUAUUAUUAUUAUUAAUAUUAUUACUGUAAAAGUACGUUCCGCGUUCAGAGGCUCUCUUUGUUUCUUUCUUUUUUUUUUAUCUGGAUCGACGAUUCCACACUCGUUGCACCCUCGGCUUUCUUUCACGCGUGGAACACGUCCGAGCCACGCGAUCGUUCGUUCGUCUGUCUGUCCGUCUCGAGAGCGCCGCUUUUGACGCGAAAGUAAACUCCAAAUUAUCCAUGACAACUUCUAGUCACAGCCAAGUCGCGUUAUCACGCGGUUAGUAGUGCGACAAGAGAGAGAGAAAGAGAGAGAGAGAGGAAAAAGUACGGCCCGCGAUCAUCAUCCGUACGUGCGACAUCGAGUGAAACACCGACGAGAAACUCCGCGUCGCUCGGAAAAAAGGGAGAAGGAAAAUUGUCGACACUGGUACGAGGCGAUUCUUGUUUCGAAUAUUCCAGAGAGAAGGACAAAUAAACAUGACAUAGAAUCUUGAAA